AUGUCAUCGAGACAAGCUAGCACUCCCAAAACUUAUAGCUCUCGUAGUGGGGCAUGUUCAGAUCAUAAGGGUAUCUCCCAAAGUAUUACCAAUUAUGAAGAUUCCUCGACUGUGGAAGGAUCGGACCUGGAGCUAUCUACAGGUCGUAAAGCAUCGGUAUUAUCUUUGAAACGAAAGAGCACAGCUGCGAAUAAUUUGCACUCAUUUUUUGGUGCGAGUCAACCCACCAAGAGACUGAAACUCAGCAGCGAUUCUCAGAAACGCCUGACUUUUAAGCAGUCCUCGACUAACGGAAACACCAAUGCCCCUACACUUACGCAACUACAUUUUUUGCCAUCUAAAUCCAUUCUCAUAACAUGCAAAUCCUGUGAUCUUUCGUACACUCGAGGUGCGCAUGCAGAUGAAGAAUUGCAUAGGGUUUAUUGUCUACGGAUCGCUCGGGGUAUGGAAUGGUCGCGAGAUGAACGUUCCUUGGAGAAGCCACUUGGUGCAGGGAUAUCUGAUGUAGAAUUGGUUGAAGAACACUGUGCACUCGCUGAAGGCGUCGUUGGAAGGAUUUUGAGAAUACGAUGCGAUACUACCAAGGGCAAAUUAGGGCAGAAGGUUACGACUCUGCUGUCUACUAUAAACAAAGUUUUAUCGGCGCCUCCGCUGCCGGAUCCUAGCCUCAAACUCUCCAAAGCCUAUGUGAUGGUUGUUCCAACUAAAGGGCCUAAAUCACUUGGCUCGAAAUCCAAGGACGAAGCUUCAGCAAAACGACACAAAUCUGAACGGAUUGUAGGUUGCGUUAUUACUACCCCUAUAGCAAAAGCAAUGCGGAUAGUGGACAACAAUGAGCUUGAAAUUUCCAAUGCCCCCAAGUCCAAUCUUGUGUGUGUAGACAUCGGCAAUUCGGGAGGAAAUGUCUAUUGCGACCCUAGCCCCGUUCCUGCAACUCUUGGAAUUCCACGUUUAUUUGUAGUCCCCUCGCACCGUCGGCAGGGAAUUGCGCGUGCUCUACUAGACGCGGCUGCCAAGACAGCUAUCUGGGGCUGCUCUCUUAACCCAAAUAGUGGUCAAAUAGCAUUUUCUCAGCCAACUGCUAGUGGUCAUGCCAUCAUGAAGAGUUGGGGAGGACCAAAUAUGCGCAUAUAUGAAGAAUAA